AUGCAAUACAAAAAGCCCUUAGUCGCUUCCGCGUUGGUUGCCACCUCUCUGGCUGCCUACGCUCCCAAGGACCCAUGGUCCACCCUAGCUCCAUCUGCUACUUACAAGGGUGGUAUAACUGACUACGCUUCUACUUUUGGUAUUGCUGUAGACCCAAUUGCCACCACUGCAUCCUCCAAGGCAAAGAGAGCAGCCUCUCAGAUCGGUGAUGGUCAAGUGCAAGCCGCUACUACGACAGCUGCUGUCUCUAAGAAGUCUACCGCCGCUGCUGUUUCUCAGAUUACCGAUGGUCAAGUCCAGGCAGCUAAGUCCACUGCCGCUGCUGUUUCCCAGAUUGGCGAUGGUCAGAUCCAGGCUGCUAAAUCCACUGCCGCUGCUGUUUCCCAGAUUGGCGAUGGUCAGAUCCAGGCUGCUAAGUCCACUGCCGCCGCUGUUUCCCAGAUUGGCGAUGGUCAGGUUCAAGCUGCCAAGUCCACUGCCGCUGCUGUCUCUCAAAUCGGCGAUGGGCAAGUUCAAGCCGCUAAGUCAACUGCUGCUGCUGUCUCCCAGAUUGGCGAUGGUCAAGUUCAAGCCGCUAAGUCAACUGCUGCUGCUGUCUCCCAGAUUGGCGAUGGUCAAGUUCAAGCCGCUAAGUCCACUGCUGCUGCUGCUUCCCAAAUUAGUGAUGGUCAGGUUCAAGCUGCCAAGUCUACCGCCGCUGCUGCUUCCCAAAUUGGUGAUGGUCAAGUUCAAGCUACCACCUCGACUAAGGCUGCAGCCUCCCAAAUCACGGAUGGACAAAUACAAGCUUCCAAAACUACCAAUGGCGCUAGUCAAGUGAGUGACGGCCAGGUUCAGGCCACUUCUGAAGUCAAGGACGCCAACGAUCCCGUCGACGUUGUCUCCUGUAAUAACAACAGUACCUUGUCAAUGAGUUUGAGUAAGGGUAUUCUGACUGAUAAAAAGGGUAGAAUCGGUUCGAUUGUUGCUAACAGACAAUUUCAAUUCGAUGGCCCACCACCACAAGCCGGUGCCAUCUACGCUGCCGGUUGGUCCAUCACUCCAGAAGGUAACUUAGCCCUUGGUGACCAAGAUACUUUUUACCAGUGUUUGUCCGGUGACUUUUACAACUUGUAUGAUAAACACAUUGGUUCAGAGUGUCAUGAAGUCUAUUUGCAAGCUAUCGACUUGAUUGAUUGUUAA